GAGUGACACAUUCGUUGCCUUUUACAUCAUGUGGUGGUCUCUAUUUUUUCUAGCUACAACUGCAAUUUUAAUUAAAUCUGAAAAUUCAACAGGAAGAACUGAUAUUCUGGUGAUCGCUGAACAUCCCAAAUUUCUUAGUUUGAAUGAAGAAAAAUCAUCGCUGGAAAUCUCAUUUGAGAUAUGUUUUGAGUGGGAAACAAAACGGGGCAAAGAGCCCAGGAAUCGAGAGUUAACCACAUGGAGCGAGCUCGACGCGUUUGGAAUUAUCACUGAAAGCCUGGAGAAUCACCAUGUUUCAAAAAGUAUCGUGACUCGUGAGAAUCAAAUUCAAAAUGUUAGAUCGAGCCGGUCAGUAAUAAUACAAUCCGAAAAAUCACUGGAUUUUUCGUCAUUUCCGAGUGAUGCUCAUCUGUUUCAAUUGAGAUUUACCUCAAUCAUCAGAAAUUCAUCUCAGCUGACAUUGAAUCCUCAUUUCGUUUCCACAGCCCAAGAACAGAGCAACUCAUAUUGGAACUUUGAAGUCUCCAAAGCUUUUGUACAGUGGAUUGUUCAUAAAAAUGAAUCAUUCGAGCAGGCAAUCUUUGAGUUCCGUGUUACUCGACGUCCACCGACUUUCCAACGAAUUGGAAUGUUCUUAUUAUUCCUUUUGAAUGUUUCCAUGAUAUUUGAAUACUUCCCAGUUUCCAGAAUAUUUUGGAAUUUGCCAUCGUCGAGAUUCUACCUAUGUUGUGGUUUUCUUAUCAGUCUAGUAUCAGCAAGUCAAGGCCCAAAAUCUGGGAAAUUGACAAGUUUUGAUUAUCAACUAAUGACACUGCUUUUACUGGAGGUUUUCAUUGAAAUUCUUCACCAACUACUUCCGUUUUUUAUUUUUCACUUGAGGUGCUGUCCGAUCGAAUCUGAUCCAACUCCACCACUAUUUCCAUCGCCAAGUGAUCAAUUUAGUCUAGAUACAGAGAGAUCAAAAUGUAAUGCUGCAUUGGAUUCUGCAAGAGCCGAGUCUAUGCGAAGUCCGAGAAUUGCAAACUUUGAUAUGUGCUUGGCUGAAGUAAAAUUUACAAUGUCUACAUUCAAUGAAGUUCUGAAUUUGCAUUCUUCUGCAGAAUGGAGACGAAAGCUGUGGCUAAACGCCUACCGUCGGUUUGAAAUUCUUGCGUUCAUAGUUCUCCAAAUAAUUAAUUUUGUACUAUUUUCAACUUUCUACCAAUAAAAAAUUAAGUAAAAUAUUAAAAUCAAAUACCA